GGGCCAGUACAAGCCGGCAGGCGCUCCGGACCAGUUCGUGUUUUCCCGUCGCACCGCUAAUCGCCGUGGCCCGCCGUGGUCGUCAAUCGUCACUCGUCGUCCGCGUCGUCGUCGUAGUUACUAGUUAUUGCGCCGCUGAGACAGCGUCGUGACCGCCGCGAAAACGAUAUAUUAUCUUAAUAUAUCAUACGCCAACGAUAAUUCGGUCGCGAUUUUUACUAUUUUUCGUAUUUAUUAUUUCGUCGUUGAAUUUUUUGGUUUUUUUUUUUUUUUGGUGAUUUUUCGGCGAAAAGUUACGAUUGUUUUUAUUCUAUAAACACUACUUUUAUGUGCGUUUGCGCCAUGAAGACCAGACGGUGACAUCGAAGUUAGCCACGAGCGACGGAAAAGUACAUUUCGGCGGAAUCUCCAUUGGAUAUGCUGCUCGCCUACUUGUCGAUUUAAAAUUAAACAUGAACCAACAGUGCAAAGUUUGCGGGGAACCAGCCGCCGGUUUCCACUUCGGAGCUUUUACUUGCGAAGGCUGCAAAUCGUUUUUCGGACGAACCUACAACAACCUGAGUUCGAUAUCGGAAUGCAAAAACAACGGCGAGUGCGUGAUCAACAAGAAGAACAGGACGUCGUGCAAGGCGUGCAGGCUGCGCAAAUGCCUGUUGGUGGGCAUGUCUAAGAGCGGUUCGCGGUACGGCCGCCGAUCCAACUGGUUCAAGAUCCACUGUCUGCUGCAGGACCAAAACGCUGCGGCCGCAGCCGCGGCCGUCGGCCACCACCCGCCGCACCAUCACCACCAACACCACAACGGCAGCAGUCGGUCGUCACCGCACCACCAGCAACAGCAGCCGCCGCACCAUCAGUCGCAGCCGUCGCCGUUCGGUUCGCCGCUGUACCCGGCCGGUCUGGUGCACCCCGGCCACCACUUCCUGACCACCGACAAGUUCCUGCAGGCCCGACUCAACGGUUACGGGGCCGCCGCGGCCCUGAUGACCGCAGCCGUCCAGGACGACGCGUCCUGUCGGCGCCAGGCAGCAGCUGACGCGAUCAUCAGCGGGCACCACCACCAUCACCGAAACCGCCAUCAUCAUAACAACAACAACAACAACAACAACAGCAUUGACCGACGGCACCGUCACCGUUACGACGAUGAAGACGACGAUGACGACGAUUGCGGUGGCCGCCGUCGCCGUGACGGUGACGACGAUGAAGACGACGAGGACGACGACAACGGCGAGCGCAACGACAACAACAACGGCGGUGACGACCAUUCGCCAAAGGGUGGUCGCCGUCGCCGGCGCCGGCCGUCCGCUUCCGACGACUCGGGCGGCUCGUCCAUGCCCGACGACGAGGACAACCGUGGCAGUGGCCGCCGCAAGACCGCCAGUCCUGUGCUCCGGCACCACCACCGCAGCCCGUCAUGCACCACCGGUGGCACGCCGCCUGCGUUCCGGCCGCUGUCCUCCUCGCCGUCCGCCUCGUCAACCGGUUCGGCGGACGCCAAACGCAUCCGGCUGUCCGUCAGCCCGUUGUCGGCCACCGUCGGCUCGUCGCCCGUCUCAGGUUUCCACUCACCCUACUAUCCGUUGUCCGUCACCCGACCCGGACUGACGCCGUUCGUCGGCGGCGGCCUCACGCUGUCCAUGGCCGCGGCCGGCUGGCACGCAGCAGUGGCCGCGGGGCGCACGGCCGCCGGUGGCGAUCUGCUGCUGUCCAGCCCGGCGCCGGGUGGCGUGGCCGUCGAACAGGAAUACCCCAUCGACCUGUCGCUGAAGACCACGGCCGCUAAGUACAACAGGUCGCCGGUGCCACACGCGCCCCAGUCCGCCGGUGGCCGGCACUCGGCCACCGACGACCCGGAGACCGCGGCCACGGCCACCGCGCUGCCACCUUCGCCGCUGGACCUCACCAAACGGACGGCCGAAGUCUAGUUCGACUGACCACCACCACCUGCAGCAGACGACAGCCCGCGAUAUCGCUUCGGAGGAGAAACCUUGCUAUACUACUACCUAUACCACUAUUACUACUACUACUACUAUUAUUACUACCACCUGUACCACUACCACGUUGUACCGUACCAGCCGAGUGUACUCACGCCGCCGCCGUCGUGUCCAAAAGUCGGAAGAAAUUUUUUUUUGCUGAAUUUUUCAUAUUUUUUUCGGCAUCGUCCUAGUCAUUGUAUAAAGAAAAAAACGAUCGUUCCCAAUUUCGUACAGAGGUGUAGUACCUCCAUGAUAAUAUUGAACGACGCGACCCGAAUGAGAUGUGGUGUGUCUUGCGCACUUAGACGCGUAUUAAUAUCUCUCAUCGAGUGGUUGUGGAAAGGGGGGGGGAGAAGAGCACGCGUACCGCGGUACAUUCGAAAUACAUAUAUUAUUAUUAUUACUAUACCGGUUAUACGGUUACUAUAUGACGUGGUGCGGUGUGCGUGUUUACAUUGCGGUAACCCCGUUGUCCAUUUCGGGUUUAGAAGACGAAAACAAAACGGAGAAGAAAAAAAUAGGUACUGCAGUGGGCACAUCACAGUGUCAAAGACAAUAGGAGUUUGUCACACUCGGUAACAAUGCCGGUGGGCGGCUGUCUUCGCGACAACGCAUAUUGUGCAUAUUAUAAUACACAUAUAAUACACCCUAGGCCCACACCCGUAAUUUAUUACCCGUAUUUUUAUGUUACAUAUUAUAAUAUACGUGUGGUCAACAAAGCAGUAAUUUAUUUUUUCAAGACGGAAUAAGACAAACUGCAUACAUUAUUUUAUUAUUAUUAUCAUCAUUAUUAUUAUUAUUAUUAUUUUUAUUAUUAUUAUCAUUAUUAUUAUUAAUAUUAUUUUCAUUAUUAUUAUUAUUAUUAUUAUUAUUAUUAGAUACGUCGUGUUGUGCAUACUGCACGCGCUAGAUAAAUCCGAUUUUAUAAUAUUAUUUUACUAUUUCGAUUAUAAUAUUAAAAACUGAAUAAUAAAUGAACGGGUCUCGUGUAUUAUUUUAGUUAGCUCGUCGUCUAUACACAAAUAUUGUUUAUAUAGCUACAUAAUAUUUUGUAAGAUUUAAUAUUAUUAUAUUUUUAAUAUUAAUAAAUUGUUAUUAUUUUUAUUUUCAUUCUUUAAGUUAUAGGGAUUCGGCCAGUAAUAGCAUUGUACAUACUGUAUUUCAUUUAAUAUAUUAUAUAACUUUAUUAUUUUUAGUAGGACGUAAUUGUAAUUUUAUUUUAUUUUUCGUUAUCUAUGUAUAUGUAAAAAUAAAUUGUAUAAAUUAUUGAAAUUAAGAACUUGUUAAAAAUGAAGAAAAAUAGAAAUAAAAAAAAAUUUAGAUUUUAAAUACAUCGUGGUGUUUAUUAUACAUUAUAUUCUAAUAUAAA